CCCAAAUGAAAGCUAAAAACAUCUCAAAUGUAGUCUCUGAGAGUAAGGGAGAACGAAUACCUUGUUGUUGAGAGGAAAGAGAGUCACCGGAGGGAGGAAAAGUUUGCCGGGGUUUGCCGGACUGUUCUUAUUCACACCGAAGGUAGGAGCAACAUUGUACUGCCUAUUCUCACGUCCUGAGUUGCUGUAGAAGGAGGGGUCAUCGCCGCUGUUGACUGACGCCGGAAGAAGAGGCCACCGAGGACACCGCCGCUACACUGCACCUGCUUCGUUCGCUAUCUUAGUUGUUGAAGAAGAAGCACAGUGAUUAUUUAGAGACCGGAAUAGACGAGAAGAACUAGAAGCGUCACAUUCCGAGACACCAUGCCACCGAGGAGAGAUCCGAAUGCCGUCCCUACCAAUGCUGAGCUGGCGCAAGCUCUCACGCAGCUCACUCAGACAAUCAAUGCGGCGUUUCAGAACCAACCCAACAACGGCAAUAACAUGGAAAGUCGUGUAGCGGCACGAAACCCGCCAAACUUCCUUGGGCAAGAGGAUCCAGUCCUUCUUGAGAAUUGGAUACGCACCUUCGACAAGCUAUUUGAUGUGAUCAAUUGCCCGGCAGAACAACGAAUUAACAUUGCCGUUUAUUAUCUGCAUGGAGAAGCAGAUAAAUGGUGGGCUCAUGUGGGAGCAGGGUUGAGCGCACAACCGGACUUCACUUGGGAACGGUUUAAGCGUGCACUGCGAAAAAGGUUUUACCCGCCACACGUGCAAGCAGAAAAUUAUGACAAGUUCCUACAUUUGAAGCAGGGCGAAAUGACAGUGCAAGAGUAUCACAGUCAAUUUGUCACGCUUUCAGAGUUUGCAACAUCACUUGUACCCGAUGAGGAGAGCAAAAUCGAAAAGUUCAUCGGAGGACUAAAUUUCGACACACAGAAGAUCGUGACUGUGCAAGAAUGGCAAACAUUAGAUGAUGUCUAUUACAAAGCUGCAAAGCACUAUCGAGUAAUACAACUUCAGCGAGAAGUCCACAAGAAAAGAAAGCACGAAGAGGAGAAUAGGCAAGGAGAAAAGAGGGUCAGGGUUCAUCAUCAUGCAGAACCGACACACCAUCGCCCGAGGGAUGAAAGAAGGUUCCAAGGUCAUGACCAGAGACGUGACCGACGAAACAUGGUGGAGAGGCAUUUCAACUGCACGAAAUGCAAGAAAGACCACCCAGGGGUGGACUGUGUUGGCAACAGAGUGAAAUGCUUCACAUGUGGGAAAAUGGGCCAUCGGGCUUUUGAAUGCUGGGAUAAUGUAGGAAGGAAUCCACAGAACCAGGGACCUAACCGUGGAGGUGGGAAUCAAGGAGGCGGAAACAGUUCAGGAGCUGAGAAUCGGGGCAACAACAACCCGGGAAAUCAAGCAGGAAAUGGUAACCGAGGCCAAAAUCAGAACCAGGGAAGGGGCAACAACAACAAUAACGCUCCAAAUCAGGGCCGAAUUUAUGUAAUGAAUCAGGCUCAAGCCCAAGCACAUGAUGUGGUUUCAGGUGAUUAUUUAGAGACCGGAAUAGACGAGAAGAACUAGAAGCGUCACAUUCCGAGAUGAUGUGGUGUAUGAAGAUUGAUGUCUUGAGAGCGCUACUAGAAGACUUUUAGAGAAGCUAGUCUCAUUACAAUAAUCUUUGUUCGUUUACGCUAUUUUAAAUGUUGAACUUUAAAUCUUCACUUUGGUUACAAUUAUGGUGGAUAGCCUUAACAUCCAGUCCGAUGAGGGCUGGGUGUGGCGGUGACACGCCCUUUUCCUUGUCGUUGUUUAAUUCCGC